UUUCCUUUUUAUUUUUAUUUUUAUUUUUGCCAUUUGUUGAAUUUGCGUAAAUCUUGUAAACUCCCAAAAAAAUUAAAAAUAAGAAGAAAAAAAAAAAUAAAUAAAUCAAACCCCGGUGUUUAAAACCCCAUAAAAAAUCACUGCAAAAUUAUUAUCCUCAUUAAUUUUUUGUUAUCAGCAUUUUUAUGAAGGACCAGGGUUAAGAUUCAGUGUACCUUUUAGACUAGUCAAUAGCUUGUUAUUGGUGGUAUCAAGUUAUCGCAUUAGGCAGGCUCAUUAGUGAACAUUUUGAUUUCUACGGUCUUAAAUCGAAUCUCCAUGCAUUCAUUCCUCCCGUUUCUAUAGGUUGUCUUGAAUGGACCUGCGGUUUGCAGAUUAUCAAUGUAAUAGCCAAUCUGAUAAAUACCCGUUAUUGAUGGAGCAACCAGAAAGAAGAAAUGAGAAUGAGCAUGUGAUUGACAUAAGGAGGAGUUUAGAGGCAGCUUCUUCUGGUUCUGCUCAUGAUAGAAUUUCUAAUGAGUUGGACUCUACUCAACCUGAAGACAGGCCUUCAAGUAGUGCCAGGGCUUCCGUUUCUCAGCUUUCACUUCCUCUUUCCAACAUUUCAACCUCCAGGAAUUCAUCAAGCAGAAGAGGGAAUGGUCAUAGCCGAAGGCGCAGAAGCCCACUAAAUUCAGGGUUGUGGAUAUCUAUUGAACUAGCUCUCACCUUAGGUCAGAUUGUGGCUUCUAUCAUAGUAUUAUCUUUGUCGAGGCACGAGCAUCCACGAACUCCAUUAUUUGCUUGGAUUGUGGGUUAUGCUACAGGGUGUGUUGCAACUCUCCCUCUUCUCUACUGGCGUUAUCUUCAUCGUAACCAAUCUUCCGAACAAGAUGUUUCGCUAUCCAGACAACCUUCUUCUAAUGGUAAUCCAGCUGUUGGACAUUCAUCUUCUCUUACUACACAAGUUAUAGAAGAUGAUAACCAUACCAGUAAUUCCAACAGAAGUGCAAGUGCUUUAAGUGUCGCAAUGGGAAAUGCCAGGCUAAAGGUCUCAAUUGAGUACUUUAAGAUGGCCCUAGACUGCUUCUUUGCAAUCUGGUUCGUGGUUGGUAAUGUGUGGAUCUUUGGGGGUCAUGCUUCUUCUACUGAAGCUCCCAACUUGUACAGGUUAUGUAUAGUGUUCCUCAUCUUCAGCUGCAUAGGAUAUGCUAUGCCAUUUAUUCUCUGUGCAACAAUUUGCUGCUGUCUUCCAUGUAUAAUAUCUGUACUAGGCUUUAGGGAAGAUUUAAACCAAACCCGAGGAGCAACAACGGAGUCAAUUAAUGCUCUUCCAAUCUACAAAUAUAAGUUAAAGAAAAACAGACACAAUGACGGUGGUAAUGAGGCUGGGGUAGUAGCUGCAGGAACAGAGAAGGAACGCGUAAUAUCAGGAGAAGAUGCUGUUUGUUGCAUAUGCUUGGCGAAAUAUGCAAACAAUGAUGAACUUAGGGAGUUGCCAUGUACACACUUGUUUCAUAAGGAGUGUGUGGAUAAAUGGCUCAAGAUUAAUGCACUUUGCCCCCUUUGUAAGAACGAAGUGGGUGAGUCUUUGCUCAGUUCACUUGCUGGGGCAACAGCCAGCCUACGACGAGCUGAGAGUAGGGUAGUUAGCAGUUGAGGAGGCAUUGGCUUGUGAUAUGACCAAACCACCCUAUGUUUCUGCAACAUCAGCGCCAAGACUAUAUUAUAUUCAAGUAUUAGAGCCAUUCUCUGGCAUGAUUCGAAGAAGCACCCCAUCAUUUGGAGGUUUUAUCAUGCGGUUUCACUUCCAUUGCUGUCAUGUAUCAUAAUGUCUUAAUUAGACCAGUGUUGAUAGCUAGAGUUGGUUCAUAAACUGAAGAAAAAAGUUGAAAAAGUCUACCUUUUGUAAGAUAUACACACCUUUUCUGUUUUGUUGGUGAUGAUUGGCCAUGUUCUAAAGCUAUUUGGUUCACAAUUUCAUUAUUGUAUAAUGCUAUCUUUAAAAUUACAAUGUGUUUGGAAAAUUAGAAGUGCAGAAAACUCCGGAUCUCUAAGAUUGUGUAUGUUAUUCGGAGGAAAAUCUAUGGAAAAACUACAAUGGAGAAAUGUAUAUAAAGUCUUUAUUUUUGGUGUUGUAA